AUGCCCAAAGACUCAGUGCAUGAACCGAAAUCACAGCUGGCCCAAGUUUGGGUCAAAGCAUGGAGAAAGGUCUAUCAUCCUCUCGGCUUCAAAAAGGGAUAUAACUUUCCCUUAUUCGUGAUCCUGGUAGGAGCAUUGAUGGGCUUCGUGCUCGCUCGGCUCCAGUAUUUGAGUAUUAAUGGCAUCUUCUUGACCAAAACCAUCCCCGGCGAUGCUGUCCAUUAUCAGACCGGAACCAAGCGGGUUGGGAUAAUUCUCCACCUCGGUGCUAUACUCCCGGCGGGUUUUCUGGUCUGUUUUCAAUUCGUGCCCGUCAUUCGACACAAAGUAUUGCUCUUCCACCGCUUGAACGGAUACGUGAUCAUUCUGCUCUUGCUCGUCGGCAACGCAGGCGCAUACAUCAUCAUCCCCGUCGCAGCCGGCGGAUCACCGAGUACCCAAGUGGCUUUGGGUCUGCUGGCGGCAAUAACCACGAUCUCUACGGUUCUCGCAUAUGUCAAUAUCAAAUGUCUUCAGAUCGAUCAGCAUCGCGCCUGGAUGAUUCGAACAUGGGUGUACGCUGGCAGCAUCAUCUCCGUACGGCUGAUCAUGAUGGCCGCAAAUACCUUCAUGGCCCAACAUCAGUCGGGACACUGGUACGAUGUUCAGAGCUGCGCCGACAUCUGGGCUCAAUAUACCCUCUACGGUGCGCCAGCGGGUGAGGGCAAUCCCACGCCAUACCUCUACCCGCAGUGUACUGGUCCAAACGCCAGUGUGCCUGUCGCCGUCAAGGCCAACAUCAAUGGCAUGGGUCCUGAGUCUACCACGGCAUCGUUCCACCUCACAUUCGGCAUGGCGCUGUGGCUGUCCCUUGCCAUUCACGCCAUCGGUGUCGAAGUGUAUCUGCAGUUGACUCCCGCCGAGACUGAGAGGCUACGUCUUGUCAGCUAUGAGAAACAAGUUGAAGCCGGGUUCAAGCGACCAGGGCGUGCGGGAUUGACCGUCGAUCGGUUUGGGGAUGCACCCGCCUGGAAGCCCAUUAAUCAUCUCGAAAUGGAUGACUCAGAGGGAGAUUCGAAGUAA